GGACCACCGCUCAGAGGACCCUGGGAACGGCGAGCAGCCCCUGUGUCUGCGCAUGUGCAAUGCUACGAGCUUGCCCGUGGCCGCCCUUCCCCCACUUAAGCUGCGAGUGGGUGACAGAACCCGUCUCCGCGCGUCUACACCGCUCCGCGCCGUGACCGGGCGUGGCACUGAACCACGAGUGGGAACUGUGCCCCUCCAGUUCUGCCUUCAUAGUUCUCUGCCUUUACCCAAAAACUGUAGAAAAUGAACAAAUCCCAGGAAUCAGUUUCAUUCAUGGAUGUGACCGUGGACUUUACCCAAGAGGAAUGGGAGCAACUGGACCCCUCUCAGAGGAUCCUGUACAUGGAUGUGAUGCUGGAGAAUUAUAGCAACUUACUUUCAGUGGAAGUGUGGAAGGCUGAUGACCAGAUGGAGCGGGACCAUGGAAACCCAGAGGAGCAAGCGAGGCAAUUUGUAAUCCUUAAGAACCAAACUCCAAUUGAGGAAAGAGAUAAUCUCUUUGGAAAAGCACUUAAUCUGAAUACAGACUUUGUUUCUUUAAGACAGAUACCCUAUAAAUAUGAUUUAUAUGAAAAAACUUUGAAAUACGAUUCAGACUUACAUAAUAGCAAUAGAAACUAUGCAAGAAAGAAAGCUGAUGAGUAUAAUGGAUUUGGAAAAGCACUUCUUUAUCUUAAGCAAGAAAAAACCCAUCCUGACUUAGAAUACUCUGACUAUAAUAAAAGUGGAAAAGCCUUCAGCCAUAAAGAAGCCAUUUUUAAACAUCAGAAAAUUAAAAAUUUAGUUCAGCCUUUUAUUUGUAAUUACUGUGACAAGGCCUUCUCCUUUAAGUCACUCCUUAUUAGUCAUAAGAGAAUACAUACUGGAGAAAAACCGUAUGAAUGUAAUGUAUGUAAGAAAACCUUCUCCCAUAAGGCAAACCUCAUCAAACAUCAGAGAAUUCACACUGGGGAGAAACCCUUUGAAUGUCCUGAAUGUGGAAAAGCUUUCACCCACCAGUCAAACCUCAUUGUACACCAGAGAGCACACAUGGAGAAGAAGCCCUAUGAAUGCAGCGAAUGUGGAAAGACAUUUGCCCAGAAGUUUGAACUCACUACACACCAGAGAAUUCAUACAGGAGAACGACCCUAUGAGUGUAAUGAAUGUGCAAAAACCUUCUUCAAAAAAUCAAACCUCAUUAUACAUCAGAAAAUUCACACAGGAGAGAAACGCUAUGAGUGCAGUGAAUGUGGAAAAUCCUUCAUCCAGAACUCUCAACUCAUUAUACAUAUGAGAACUCAUACAGGAGAGAAACCCUAUGAAUGUACUGAAUGUGGCAAAACUUUCAGCCAGAGGUCAACUCUUAGAUUACAUUUGCGAAUCCAUACAGGGGAGAAACCGUAUGAGUGUUCUGAAUGUGGGAAGGCCUUCAGCAGGAAGUCUCGUCUCAGUGUCCACCAGAGAGUUCAUAUAGGGGAAAAACUCUGAGACUGUAAGCUUCCAACCAGGAAGAAACCUUAUGAAGGUAUUGAAGGGAUAUGGGAAUUCAUACUGAGAUACAAUCUCAAAUGUAUAAAAAAUAGGAUCCCCUGAGAACAUUAUAUUGAAAGUUACAUUGAUACCUAAAGAAUACAUAUGAGAAUAUAUCCAAUUGUAAAUAGACAUACUCAGCUGUAUUACAGUAAGUUUUUUAAAAUCUUGGAUGAAUUAAGUAUUUUAAGCAGCAGCAUAAUGGACAGUUUCCUAGGAAUUUAGUGGUUAUGUACAAGCAUGCCACAUAACACAAGUUGUGUGUUUUAAAUCUGCACAUGUGAAUUUAACAGAAUCACUGGGAAUUUGAAAUUCUUGUCCUCUGUGAUAAUUAGGACAUAUCAUUUUUCCAUACUAAACAUCACAUGUGUUUUUCAAUACCUCUACAACCCAGUAUGCAUUCCAAAUGAAAUAUGUAACAGAUUUUAAAGUAGCAUGUCACUUACCUCUUUUCCUCCUGCUUGCCGGCAUAUGUAUGUUGGUGCGACCAUUGUUAUCGAGCUGCCUCUUCACUAAACAGAAGAUAGUGUUGAAGUUUUACUUCCUUCUGGUUUGCUGAAGAUUUCUAGAAGGAUCACUUACAUAAAUACUCAAGUGUGAUAUAACCAAGAGAUCUAGAGAGUGAAAGCAGAUGUGGGCUGUACUACACUGCAGUAUGCAACACAGAGUAAGGAUGUGCCAGGUAAAGACAGUCUCCCCCUUCAUCAUGUUCUUGUAAUUUUUCAGUGGGGUAUUUACAAACAAAUGCAUGUCUAUUACCAAAAUAUUGUGUAACCCAGAAACUACCUGCUUUAGUUACCCUCUCUCUCUUAAUAUUUUAUGAAUUGUCUUGCAAAAAAAAUGAUAGGAUGAAUAUAGUUCAAAAAUUUUAGAGGAAAAAUAAUUUAAGAGACUUUUCAGGUGCUGUUUUUCAUUGCUUUAAGUUUUCCAUAUGUAUAACCCACGUUGAAAAUGAACUUUCGCAGUAUUCUGUUUAGUGGAGGCACUUCUACUUCCUGGAGUUUCACUAUUGUCAACCUAAAACAUUUCUCUUUGGAACCUAAGAGCAUACUACUAUUUUUCCAAGCUCACUUCGUAAGUUAAACUUUACAGUGGUCCCUUCAUAUAUUGUUUGAUGAUUAAAGUAAAAAAAUUAUUUUUGCUUAUGUCAAAGAUUUUUAGGCUUGAUUCACAAGUUUAGUCUUUCCCCAUCAAUCAUGCAUUAGAAUUAUAAAUGGCAACCCAAACUGACCUUUUUAUUCCUCUAUUAUUUUGAAGAUCAUUGGUAUGUUCUGACCAUACGAAUGUGACUUUCUGAACAAAUUUACUAAACAUUUAUAGCCCAGUAAGUUUGUUUUUGUAAGUUACCAUCUUAAUGACAGCAAAAGCAGCAGGGUAAGUUAAUUUCAUAUGCUGCUGUUAGAAAUGUAAAUUGUGACAGCCUCCCUGGAAAACAUUGUGACUCGGUGUUUUAACAUUGAUAUCUACACUUUUCAACCCAGGAGACUCCUGGGAAUCCAUCCCUCAGAAAACAAUAAAGUGCCAGAACUUAAGAUUGUUUAUCAAUGUAUAUUGCAGUGUUUUGGUAAAGAUCUCAAAAAAAAGAAAAGGGGGGAAAAGACCAUCAGUAAGGGAAUGGUUGAAAAAAUAUGGUGUAAAAACAUACUAUGGCUCAAUGGUAAUCCACUGAAAAUGUGUGGGGCAGCACAUUCCCCUAGGUCAGAUGAUGAAAGCAAGAUUGGGGGGGUGGUGCAGAGAGAGAGUGUGUGU